GCAGAGUGAGUGCCACUGUGGCGAUUUGUGUUCUAUUGUGUUGUAUUGUGCUGUGCUGGGUUGUUGCAGCGAUGGGUGACGCACACGCGAAUUGGGGCUAUGAGGAUGCAAUUGGGAGGGACAAGGAUUUGUGGGGUCGCAGAAUGGCAGAGCUGGUGGAGGCCAAGUACGAGAAGCUGCCCAAGCAAGGAAAGCCACAGGGGCGCGAGAGGACUGUGCUGGCGGGCUUCGUCCUCACCGAAGGCGAGGAUGCGAGGGUAUUGGCGCUCGGCACUGGCACCAAGUGCAUUGGGCGCUCUCGGAUGAGCCCCGAAGGCGACGUUGUGAAUGACGCACAUGCGGAAGUCAUUGCGCGAAGGGCUCUUCUCAGAUUUUUUUAUGCAGAAGUUGGACGUUUAUGUGAGAAUGCCAGCUCAGAGAAAAUGGUGAAACUUAGUAAGGGAGGUCAAGUCCCUCCUGCAAUUUUUGAAUGGACAGGAGACAGUAGAGAGAAGUGUCGCAGAUGCCAAUUACGGUCGGGUUUGAAGAUCCAUUUAUACAUCAGCCAACCACCGUGUGGAGAUGCAUGCAUCUUUCCUUAUUCGGUGGCAGCACCUUCCGAAGGCUUGGCACAAGAGAAGGACUCCUCUUCUGUUGUGAUGGAUGGACAAUGUGGGAAGAGACGUGUGAAACGUUCAGGAAAACAAACAGGCGCGAAGCUUGCUAGAAUAGAUGUCAGCGUUGUUGGCAAAGACGCUCAGCUUGCAGAGCAGGAAGCCAGAUUUUUAAGCUGGACUAAUGCUAGCUCUAUUGAAGGUAAAACGACCAAUGGUGCCUGUUCCUUGGAACCGGAGACUGGUAAAAUCUGCAGUAUUGGGGAACUAGGUGGUAAUGUUCAAGCACCAGGAGUGGCAAGAAGGAAGCCUGGCCGGGGAGAUCCUACCAUGUCCAUGAGCUGCAGUGAUAAAAUUGCUCGUUGGAAUGUGGUUGGCCUUCAAGGAGCUCUUCUUUCUCACUUUCUUGCAGGUCCAAUCUACUUGUCAUCCGUCACAGUGGCUAGUGAUUCGACUAUUUUUGAGAGUUGCAGAUUAGGUCAAGAUACAACAGAUCAACCAUCCGCUAUCUGGACCGACACGGAGCAGGGCUAUGGAGCUCCAGCUUGGACCCCAAUGGGUCAAUCGCUGACGCCAUUUCCGUCAGAGGAGGAAGGCUCCAUUUUUGAAGCAUUAAAAAGAGCUAUCUCUAGCCGGUUGAUACCACUUGGCGAGCUUCUUUCUCUACCAUAUACGGUGAAUGAACCAGUGAUUUUUAUUACUUCAGCUCCACCAGAGAGGUUUAGACGUCCCGAGCAUAGCUCUGCCCUCUUGGCUUGUGGGUACUCAAUUAAUUGGGACUCUUCACCAUGGCAUGAAGUCAUCCUAGGCACAAUAGGGCGCAAACAGGGUGCAUCUGCAAAGGGGCCUCUCUCUCCAGCCACCCAAUCCUCUUUAUGCAAGAGGGCAUUAUUUUCACGUUUUUUUUCACUCCUUAAACAUUUUCCAUCGUUGUCAUACAUGGCGGAACUGCCUUACCUCGACUGUAAGAUUGCUUCUGAAGUUUACGAUAAGUCCAAGCAAAUAGUUUUUACUGGUCCCUCGCCUCUACAAGACUGGCUUCAAAAGCCUGUAUGUCUGCAAAAAUUCGCCUUAGCCACCUGAAAUCACUCCCAUUGGACAGACGAUGCAAUUUGCCAACGAGCACUGGAUUCUUCAUGCUCAGCCUAUAGUCGACAGGAAGGUCGCUGCCCACCUCGAGUGUUACCUUAAUCUAUAGGUAGGCACUGAUGAUGUACUCGUCCUUGCGGACGACAGUACUUGUGGACCUGCAGUCAGUCGACUUUGACCUCUACUGUGUCUAAAAGUGAAACUAGUACAAGUGCAAUUUAUCAUUGUUUCUCUCUCUGGAUUUAUACAUAUAUAUAUAUAUAUAUAUAUAUAUAUAUAUAGAGGGAGAGAGAGAGAGAGAGAGAGAGAGAGAGAGAGAGAAUCUGCACAUGAAUUAUGUGUUCUAUGUGUUUCGUUUAUGUGCUCGGGUACCACGUCAAACCACUCCCAAUUGACAGAUGGUGCUACUGGUUGAUAUAUGACAGCAAUUGCUUUCUGACAGACCUGGCUCUGCGAUCGUAGCAUAUGAUCAAACUAGUCGAUACAUUGAUCUUUGAUGCUCUACGAUAUUGUUUAUUCUGAAUACGAACAACAAUUGUGCAAUUGCUUGCACCAAGCUGUUUGUUUGUUUGUUUUCUUUC